UGAAAAGUGAAAUUGGACAAUUGUUUUUACACAUAAGUUUACAAGGACAAGUUGAGGAGUAACAGCUUUGGCGUCUAAUCAAUCUUGAGUGAGUCAGGGAGUUAGAUCCUUCACCAGAUCAUCAAAUUUACAAUAAGCUAAAAGUCGGUGACCGUUCAAGCACUUCAGAAGCAUCACACUAGUCGAAAACAAUGUCUUCUUUCUUGGGAAAAUGGAAACUUAGCGAGUCACACAACUUCGAUGCUGUCAUGUCAAAGCUAGGUGUCUCAUGGGCAACUCGACAGAUUGGGAACACAGUGACACCGACUGUAACCUUCACAAUGGAUGGGGAUAAAAUGACCAUGUUAACAGAGUCAACUUUCAAAAAUCUUUCUUGUACGUUCAAGUUCGGCGAGGAAUUCGAAGAAAAAACAAGUGAUGGCAGAAACGUCAAGUCAGUUGUUGAAAAAAAUUCCGAGUCGAAGUUAACGCAAACUCAAGUAGAUCCCAAAAACACAACUGUAAUCGUUCGUGAAGUAGAUGGUGAUACUAUGAAAACGACUGUUACUGUUGGUGACGUUACUGCCAUUCGCAAUUAUAAACGACUACCCUAACGCCUUCAAAUGAACACUGAUAUUUGCUUGGGGUGUUUUUUGUAACUGCUUGUAUUUCUACUAUUUUUGUUACAUUGAUGAUAAUCACCGGUGGAUAAAUUUUGCUACGCAUGUAUCAUCCUAUAUUAAUCAAUCAUUCCCGCAUUUCAAUAAACACUGCUUAUUGUUGUA